GGCCAGACAGCUGCAGGACUCUGGUGGCGUGGGCAAGGUUAGCCAAGGAUGGCGAUGCCCAGGGGCCUGGGGGCCCUGCUCCUCCCGCUUCUCCUGCCCCUGGCCUUAGGUCAGGAAAAGCACACCGAAGAGCCAAGACGCAGCUGCCUGGUGUACGACACGGACGAGUACGACGCAUUCGACUUGAAAGACAAGGCGGGGUGCUUCACCAAGUGCAGGCGGUCCGAGAGCGAGCCCUGCGACGUGGGAAAUUUGCAGAAAUACUGGCUAAACUACGAGGCCCACCUGGUGGAGGAAGGCUUGACGGAGAAGGUGAACAUGUCUUUCCUGAAGGCUUUGGUCCAGAACCUCAGCACCAGCACUGCGGAAGAUCUGUACUUCUCUCUUGAGCCCUCUCAGAUUCCAAGGCGGGUGACAAAGGAUGAGGACAAGCCCCCUGACAGAGUGCGACUUCCCAAGAGCCUUUUCGGAUCCCUGCCGGGCAACAGGUCUGUGGUCCGCUUCGCCAUCACUGUUCUGGACAUCGGUCCGGGGAAUCUCUUCAAGGGUCCCCAGCUCAGCCUGGGGGAUGGCAGCAGUGUGUUGAACAAUCGCCUGGUGGGCUUGAGUGUGGGACGAAUGCGUGUCACCAGGCUGGCUGAGCCUCUGGAGAUCAUCUUCUCCCACCAGCGUCCAUCCCCCAACAUGACCUUCACCUGUGUAUUCUGGGAUGCGACUAAAGGGCCCACUGGAGACUGGGCUUCUGACGGCUGCUCCACGGAGGUCGGACCCGAGGGGACCGUGUGCCGUUGUGACCACCUGACCUUUUUCACCCUGCUCCUGAGACCCAUCUUGGACCAGUCCACGGUGCAGAUCCUCACACGCAUCUCCCAGGCAGGCUGUGGGGUCUCCAUGACCUUCCUGGCCGUCACCAUUGUUCUUUAUGCCAUCCUGAGGCUUUCCCAGCAGAGGUUCAAGUCAGAAGAUGCCCCUAAGAUCCAUGUGGCCCUGAGUGGCAGUCUGUUCCUGCUGAAUCUGGCCUUCCUGAUCACUGUGGGGAGCGGCUCAAAGGGCUCUGAUGCCACCUGCUGGGCCCGAGGGGCCACCUACCACUACUUCCUGCUCUGUGUCUUCACCUGGAUGGGCCUGGAAGCCUUCCACCUCUACCUGCUUGCCGUCAGGGUCUUCAACACCUACUUCGGGCACUACUUCCUGAAGCUGAGCCUGGUGGGCUGGGGCCUGCCUGCCCUGAUGGUCAUCGGCACUGGGAGUGCCAACAGCUACGGCCUCUACACCAUCCGAGACAGGGAGAACCGCACCUCUCUGGAGCUAUGCUGGUUCCGUGACGGGACAGCCACGUACGCUCUCUAUAUCACCGUCCACGGCUACUUCCUCAUCACCUUCCUCUUUGGCAUGGUGGUCCUGAUCCUGGUGACCUGGAAGAUCUUCACCCUGUCGAGUGCUACAGCGGUCAAGGAGCGGGGGCAGAACUGGAAGAAGCUGCUCACCUUGCUGGGCCUCUCGAGCCUGGUGGGUGUGACGUGGGGGUUGGCCGUCCUCACCCCCCUGGGCCUCUCCACCGUCUACAUCUUUGCACUCUUCAACUCCUUGCAAGGUGUCUUCAUCUGCUGCUGGUUCACCAUCCUCUACCUCCCAAGUCAGAGCACCGCAGUCUCCUCCUCUACUGCACGACUAGAUCAGGCCCACUCUGCAUCUCAAGAAUAGGAAGGCAUGGCCCUGCAAUCUGGACUCAGCUCUGACUUGCUGUGUGACCUCGGGCAGCUCCACGCCUCCCUCUGGGCCAGUUCCUUUCUCUGUAUAAUGUGGCUGGGGAGGGAGAGGACCAGGUUGGACCACGUGGCCUCAGAGGUCCCAUCCAGAUCCAACUGCAGGUCCACAUGAGAGUCCAUGUAAGCAUGUUUCCAGGGGUCUAGAGUUCCUGUAGUCCUGAGACACCCUGCCAGCAAAGAGUGACAGUCACCUCCAUGCCCUGCCCUCACUGCAAAGCCCUCACCUACCUUCUGGUCCCAGCAAGGGAAGAGAAUCUGGUUUGUAUAGCCCUGGAAGGAGCCCCCAGCCUCUCCCCUUCUCCUUGUCACUGGCCUCCCGCAACUCCACCUCUGGAUGCCUGUAACUUUGAGGGGCAUUCAGGAGGCCAGCGUGCCCUCAGGUAUUGAGGGUUAGUUUUGAUGGGUAGGAGUUGAUCCUCCUACCCAGUCUGCCCCUGGUCUCUGCCCAUCGGAGCCCACCCUCCUGGAAGAGACCCCAGCAUGUUCAGGGUGCUGGCAGCCCUGCAGGUGUCCAGGGACACUGCAUUUCUGACAACCACUGAGUGGGCGAGCUACCUCGGGCAAACGCUCCA